AUGGCCAUCGACAAUGGAAGCGAGCACGUGGUGGAGGCCGCAAUCCACAUCGAGGAUGUCCGGCGCCAACCUCACCUGGACCAACCGACCACGCCAUGGGCUACCAACCAUGGACAGGAACCAGCCGGCCUACCGCCCCCCAUCGCCAUCGUGGGUAUGGGGAUGAGGUUCCCUGGCAACAUCCGAACUGGAGAGGACUUCUGGUCAAUGUUGGUGGAGAAAAGGAGCGCUGUGGGUGAGAUUCCUCCAGGCAGGUACCAUGGAGACUCAUUCUAUCACCCUACCAGGCCUCAUGUGGUCAAGACCAAACAUGGGUACUUCUUCCAGGAAGAGUAUCUGGGUAAAGUCGAUCCAGGAUUUGUUGGAAAGCCCCACGAAGCCGGCCUGUUGGAUCCCCAGCAAAGGCUUCUUCUCGAGGUUGUUUGGGAGUGUAUGGAGAACGCUGGCCAGUCUGACUGGAGGGGGCACAACAUCGGAUGUUUUGUAGGGACCUUUGGAGAGGAUUGGCUCGAAGUCACCAGCAAAGACUUUCAAGCUAUAGAUCGGUUUCGAGCAAUGGGAACAGGCGACUUUGCACUUGCCAACCGGAUUUCUUUCGAGUUCGAUCUAAAAGGCCCAAGCAUCACCUACAAAACGGCGUGCUCGUCCUCUCUGGUCGCAUUACAUGAAGCCUGUCAGGCAAUCCAAUCUGGAGACUGUUCUUCGGCUAUUGUCGGCGGCAGCAGCAUUAUAUUUUCUCCUACAAUGUCGGUCACGAUGUCGGAUAACUUGGUAUUAGCCCCUGACGGCCGAUGCAAGACCUUUGAUGCUUCAGCGGAUGGAUACGGACGUGGGGAGGGUAUCAAUGCCAUAUACAUUAAACCGCUGGACACUGCCAUCCGAGACGGUGAUCCCAUCAGAGCAAUAAUCCGCUCUACAGCAACAAACAGCGACGGGAAAACGCCCAACAUUUCCACGCCAGAUCGUCAAAGCCAAGAGACUCUGAUCCGGAGAGCAUAUAGUCGAGCGGGAAUCAGUGAUCCCUGCCAAACAGCUUUGUUCGAAUGCCACGGAACAGGGACAACUAUGGGCGAUGUUACAGAAACCGAGGCCGUCGCAGGAGUGUUCGGAGAGAAGGGGAUAUUGAUCAGUGCGGUGAAACCCAAUGUUGGACAUAUGGAAGGUGCGUCUGGUUUGACCAGCGUCAUCAAGGCCGUCCUCUCCUUAGAAAAUAGAAAGAUUCCUCCAAAUAUAUACUUUGAAAGACCAAAUCCUGAGAUUCCAUUCGAAAAGGGCAAAUUAGAAGUUCCGAUAGACACUUUACCAUGGCCGGAAGACAGGGAGGCUCGUGUGAGCGUAAACAGCUUUGGGAUUGGUGGAGCAAACGCACAUGUCAUUUUAGAUGCUUAUCAACGCCGUGACUCUAUGCCAAAACCAUCGAGUGAUGGAGAUCACGACCAACUCGUGGUGGUCUCUGCAUGGGGCGCAAAUGCGCUUGACAAGAAGAUCCAGCAGCUUCAGUCCUACCUGGACCAACACCCCGAAGCCUUCAACGAUGUUGCUUAUACGCUUGGUUCCCGCAGAGAUCAUCUGGCUCACCGUGCAUUUCUGGUUACAGGCGGCAAGAUCGAAAAUCUAGAAGGAUUCCAAAGAGCCCAUUUACCUGAAUCGCAGGCGUCAGAAAUAAUAUUCGCCUUCACCGGCCAGGGUGCUCAAUGGUCCGGAAUGGCCAAAGGUCUCAUGGAACGAUACCCCCAAUUUUACAGAGAUGUACAAAUAAUGGACGUUACACUUCGAGGUCUUCCAUCACCACCCAGGUGGAAUUUACAUGAUACAUUACUGAAUGGCAACCAAAGUGCGAUGGACCGCGCCGAAUGUGCCCAGCCGCUAUGCACCGCCAUUCAGCUGGCUAUCAUCAACAUUCUGGCCGCUUAUAACAUCUGCCCCUCUAAGGUGGUAGGCCACUCCAGUGGAGAGAUUGCUGCUGCAUAUGCAUCGGGUGCCAUCUCCAUGGAGACAGCCAUCAUUCUGGCCUAUUAUCGCGGCCAAGUAUCCUCCCAAUGUGAGGGCAAAGGGGCGAUGUUGGCGGUGGGCUUGAGUCCAAAACAGGUCCGAUCAUAUAUCACAGGCGGAAUCGUUGUUGGGUGCUACAAUAGUCCCGAGAGUGUGACCCUAUCUGGAGACAGCGGUGCUCUGGACGAGAUAGCAGCUAGGAUACGCGCUGACCUACCAGAUGCUCUGAUGAAAAAGCUCCCAGUUCAAGUCGCCUAUCAUUCCAGCCACAUGAUGUUUGCCGCUGCCCAUUACGAAGAGUUGAUUCGACCUCAUGUUACCUGCAAGCCGAACAUGAUAGCACAGAUGUUCUCAACCAUGACAGGCCAAACAAUACAUAAUCCAACCCAGCUGGAUGCGGCGUACUGGAGGGCAAACCUUGAGUCACCAGUCCAGUUUACGGCUGCCAUGGGAGCAGCGCUGAAGUCGGCGACUGACACACCGCAGCCACUAAUCCUAGAGAUCGGACCACAUUCUGCUCUUUCAGGCCCUAUCCGUCAAAUAUCCAAGGAUAUUGAAAAGCGGCAUUCGUAUUGUCCGACCGUAGUGAGGGGAGAUGACUCUACUUCUACUUUCCUCAAUGCGGUGGGUCAGGCAUAUCUCCAUGGUGCGCCGGUGCGUUUUACGGCAGUCAAUGGAACUGGAUCUUGCUUGAAUGACCUAUCACCCUACCCAUGGCAGUACGAAAACUUAGGAUGGUCCGAAACCAGGCCCCCGCGGCAAUGGCGUUUGCGCAAAUUUGCACACCAUGAAUUGCUUGGUUCUCGUACUCUGGAGUCCUGUGAUUCCGAGCCUUCUUGGAGAAACAUCCUUCGCCUUGAUGAAGUCCCAUGGAUCUGGGACCACAGCGUUGCCAGUCAGGUUGUCUUUCCCUGCGCUGGGUACAUAGCCAUGGUGGUGGAGGCAGCCCGUCAAGUCACGGAAUCUGAUGCUAUCACGUUACGGAAUCUGUUGAUCCGGACUGCCUUGAUUGUGGAGCCGAAUAUGGAGUAUGAGCUUCUGACUACCAUACGACCGGUGGCAAUCAAUGACCUGGUAGAAUCUUCAUGGUACGACUUCACAGUAUAUUCCUAUGACGGUACUUCGUGGAAAAAGCACUGCGCUGGACAAGUCAAGUCCGGCACCUCUGCCAGCCUAUCGCAACCAUCAGUACUCCCGGUGUAUCCGAGAUCUGUUUCGUCGUCAUACUUAUAUCGACAGCUGAAGAAGGCGGGACUGAAAUAUGGAACAACGUUCCAAGGCCUUCAGGAAAUCACUGCCAGUCCGUCGACCUACGAAGCCGCAGCAACAAUUCAGGACGAUCCGCAGCUACAUGUUGGACGUUACCUAGUUCAUCCCACCGCGAUCGACCAAUGCUUGCAAUUACACUGUGUAGCCGCAUGCCGUGGCCUCGCUCCGGGAAUGAGCGUAGUGGGCGUCCCUUCAUACAUUGGAGAGGUAUACCUAACCCAUAGCAGCGAGACCAUGUCGUUAGGGGUCAGCCCAACCGCCUCGAAUGCUAUAACUGAUGGCUUAGGUGGAGAUGCACAUCUAAUUCGCAGUGAUGGGACCACCGCGUUGUCCAUGCGCGACGCCCGUUUUUUCGCCCUGGAAAGUGAUGGAAAGUCAGCACGUGAAGAGCCGUUCCUAUGCUCUUACAUGAAGUACCAACCGGAUAUACGUCUCAAUCCUGCAAAAGGCUUGGUUAAACGAGCCCCUGUAAAUACGGGACUAGAAAUAACAGCGAGGCUUGCUGUUCUGGCAAUCCUAGAUUUCGAUAUUCUGGUCUGUAAUCUCACUCCCACGGUCCCUCAUAUGAUCAAGUAUCGGCAAUGGAUUCAAUCGGAAGCCCUGCAAAUAAAAACAUCAGACUACCAUUGCAUCGAAGAGGCACGGAACUGGGCGCGCAUAAGUCCCGGUGAGCGGCUGGGCCUUUGGAAAACACUCCUUGAAAAGGUGCCCGAUCCCCGGCUCUCAGGCUUUUUCGCGGAUGCCAGAUACUGCCUGGAAUCAGAGAUGGACUCCUUGAUGACGGGGCAAUCAUCAGCGGCUCAGGUGCUCACCCCGCGUGACUCUUGGAAGGACAUCUAUGGCUACGGAGUCGACAUAUUUGAUUGGCAACAGCUGUUCGAGCUUCUGGGACAUUCCAGUCCUCAGCUGCGGAUAGUGGAGAUUGGCGCUGGAACGGGCUCUGCUACUGCAGCGGCGUUGAGAGCCCUCGUUGAUUCCAGAGGAGAUCGAUCUUUUGCUCGGUAUGUGGUCACGGAUAUUACGCCUGGCUUCCUGAUACCGCUACAGGAGCGAUAUGGCAGUCAGCUCGAGUAUGCGGUUCUCGAUAUAUCUCUCCCGCCUGCAGAUCAAGGAUUUGAUGUCGGUGGCUUUGACCUGGUUAUCGCGUCGAAUGUUAUACAUGCCACACCAAGUUUGAACAAAACAUUAUCUAAUGUGAAGACGCUGCUGAGGCCGGGUGGCUGGCUCGUGCUCCAUGAGCUUUCGGCUGCGGUUCCUUACGUGGAUUGGGUUAUGGGUACCUUGCCUGGAUGGUGGUUAGGGGACGCUGACCAGCGUCUCAGCCGACCAUACGUCACUGUGGAGAGAUGGAAUGACGAAUUCGUUAAAGCCGGCUUCACAGAAAUAGAAGGCAUGUCUUAUGACGAAGACUUCCCAUACCAGAUGUCCGCUACUAUGGUCACAAGAAGCGCACCUUCAAAGCCAUCCAUCCCCGUUAUCACCCUUCUCGGGACGUUGGAAACACAACGGCAACCCUGGGCAGCGGUUAUUGAAGACAGGCUGACCCUCCAAGGCUACACUUUCCAGUGGUGUAUACUGGGGGAGUGUCCUAAGGAGAGCGUCGUUAUCUCACUGCUUGAUCUGGACGGCCCGUUCCUAUACGAUUUGCCCGAGGAGUCGUUUUCCCAGUUACAAAAUUACUUAUCCAUUGCUCGACGAACACUCUGGAUUACACGGCUUUCUCACAAGAAAUGCUCGGAUCCUCGUUUUGGACUCAUACAAGGAUUCGGCCGUACCAUCCGAGCGGAGACCGGAAUGGAUUUCAGGACAGUUGAGUUGGACAAAUUCAACGACACCAGUGCAGACGUCCUAAUGCGCGUGUGCGAAGAAUUCUUCGAUGAGAAAGCUAAUCCGUCUGGUAAGGAUUUUGAGUACUCUAUUGAAGAUGGUACGGUCUACACUACGAGAUGCAAUCGCCUAUCAAUGGAGGAGCAACUCGAGGUAACGGGUAAUGAUGGGCCUCUUCGCAUCCAUCCUGGAACACGCGGUGUGAUAGACACACUCCAUUGGGUGGAAGAGGAGCAACAGGAGACCCUUCAGCCGAGUGAAGUUGAGGUCGACAUGAAGUAUCUGAGUUUGAAUUUCAAGGACCUCAUGUUCGCCUUGGGUCUUCUUGGAAACAACCUUCCUCUAGGUCUAGAGGGCAGCGGUGUUGUCCGCAGGGUGGGCUCCGCGGUGACCGACCUACACGAGGGAGAUUCAGUCAUCGUUAUUCAGCAGGGUACAUUCAAGACGCGGCUAGUCACGCAGGAUCUAAAAUGCAUGCGCAUCCCAAGCGAGAUCUCGCUCGAGCAGGCAUCUGCGAUGCCUUGUGUUUAUGCGACUGCCAUCUACUCGCUUCUGACGAUAGGGAACCUGAGCAGGGGACAGUCCGUUCUUAUCCAUUCGGCCUGUGGUGGUGUUGGCCUGGCGGCGAUAGACAUAUGCCGGAUGGUUGGCGCAGAGGUUUACGCUACUGUGAGCAGCGAGGAGAAGAUUCAAUUUCUCAUACAGACAUUCAAUAUCCCACGUGAGCGGAUAUUUGACUCUCGCAGCGUCUCGUUCCGCAGCGGCAUUCUAGAUGCGACACACGGACGUGGCGUAGAUCUUGUACUGAAUUCUCUCGCAGGCGAGCUCUUGCAUGCGUCUUGGGACUGCGUUGCUCCCAUGGGCAAGAUGAUUGAGAUUGGCAAACGCGAUAUGCUGGAACAUGGGAAGCUGGAAAUGGUACACUUUGCGAAUAAUCGCUCCUUCUUCGGUGUUGACUUGAGCGAGAUGCUCGAUGACUGCCCAGAGCUUGUUCGAGGGUCGAUCAAUGAGAUGUUCACCUACUGCCAAGAAGGACGACUGCAGGCGCGAUUGUUUCCACGAAUGUUCGAUGCCAGCGAGAUUGCAGCUGCAUUCCGUCACAUGCAGACCGGUAGACAUAUCGGCAAGAUAGUGGUUAAGAUGCCGGAGGUGCCUCACAGUCUCAAGAACAAGCCAAUCGAGAGGAAAUACAUCUUCUCUCCUACGAGAUCCUACCUCCUAGUGGGUGGAUUCGGAGGCAUUGGUCGAUUAUUAGCAACAUGGAUGGUCACCCACGGCGUCCGACACCUGGUUAUAAUGUCACGAUCGGCAGGCCAAUCUGAGUCGGACCAAGGCUAUAUCAAAGAGUUGGAAAGCCAAGGUUGUACUGUUACCGUUGUCAAUGGCAGUGUUGAAGACACCAAUACUGUCGAGCAAGCUGUCUCCGCCAGCGAGCACGAGUUGGCUGGUGUCGUCAAUCUCUCCUUAGUACUACAGGACGAAUUCUUCGCCAACAUGUCCUACGAUCAAUGGGUCGGCCCUCAAGGCUCAAAAAUCCGCGGCGCAUGGAACCUCCACAACGCCUGCUCCGAGAAGCACCUCGACUUCUUCGUCCUCUUCAGCUCCGUCGUCGGCACAGCCGGCAACCCAGGCCAAUCGAGCUACGGCGCGGCCAACACCUUCGUGGACGCGUUCGUGACCUACCGUCGAGGCCAAAACCUCCCAGCAUCACGAGUCACGCUCGGCGCCGUCGAAGAAGUCGGCAACUUCAGUCGCAACACCCGACUCCUUGAGCUUUUCCACGCACAAUCCCGUUUCUCCCUCUCUGAAAAAGACGUAAUCGACUCCUUCCGCCUCGCCCUCCCCCACACCACCACCAUCCCAUCCCAACCCCAAACCACAACCCAAACCCCCCACCCCCUCGACCUGAUGGUCGGGGUAACCUCCUUCCUCAACCCCGGCGAACUCGACACCAAAAAGUCCUACUACGACCAAGACAUCCGGUUCAACAUCCCCUCGCUUAUGCGUCCCACCAAAACCCCCGACCACAACCAAGAAGACGACGUCCUCCUCCGACUCUUCGAAUCCAUCGCCAACGACCCCUCCUUCCUCAACGACCCGAAAUGCGAAAGCAUCAUUAUCCGGGAACUGGGGAAACGCGUCGGCAACUUUUCGGCUCAGGCGGGGUUGGACGAGAAACAGAUUGCCAGUUUCCCAAUUGAUUCGCUGAUGGGAUUGGAGGUUAAGUAUUGGAUUAGAAGGAGUUUGGAUUUGGAGACGUCGGUGUUGGAAAUUGCGCAGGCGAAGACGGUUGCGGGUGUGGCGGGGUUGGCUAUGAAGGGGUUGCGGGCGAAGUAUGGGGUUGGGGUGCCUGAGAGUUAAUUGAUAUGUCCUGGGGGAGGCUGUAGGGGUCGGGUCUCGGUAUGGUAGAUCGGAGGUGGUGGUGUGAUGGUGAUGGUGAUGGUGGGUCGUUUCAGGAUGAUGAUGUUGAUGUGGAGAAAGGGAAUGAAUGGAUGGUCAGUUUGUGUUGGUGCCUGGUGGAGAUGAUGGCCUGAUGUUUUGCUAUGUUUGUUGCGUUUGCUUCGUUUGCUUUGCUCGCUUCCUCUUUGCUUCUUGACCAUUUCGGUAGUUAGAAUCAGAUUGCUUUGGCUAAUGCAAUUGUGGAUUUUAUAUUUU